AUUAGCGGAAAGAGGUGGUCUUUGCGAAACACGUGUCGAGUUGACAGGAAUAAUAGGGACAAGGACCGAGAUCGGAGAGGGGACACACAACAAAAUCGAUACCGAGAUACCUGGCUUCUCCAGCGCAAGAGAAAGUGGGACAGCUCGCCAGAGGAAGACGUUUCGCCUGGCUUUGCGGACAGGAACAGGGGAGAGAGGAACGAUAUAGGCGCGCUGCACGGUGACAGAUCCACGUCGAGCCGCCGUCUGGUGGUGGUUGUCGGAUCGCUGCCAAGGAGAAAGUUCUGGGUAUCUCCUAGUGUUGUUGACCAGUUGUGAGAUAUUGCAAACAGUGACGGACGCACUGUGCCAUGGCGGACUAUCUUAUCAGUGGGCAGACAGGCUACGUGCCUGACGAUGGACUGACGGGACAGCAACUGUUCAACUGUGGAGAUGGCCUCACUUACAAUGACUUCCUCAUCCUCCCUGGUUACAUUGACUUUACGGCAGACCAGGUGGACCUGACGUCAGCACUCACCAAGCAGAUCACCAUGAAGACCCCUCUGGUGUCGUCGCCCAUGGAUACCGUCACCGAGUCGGGGAUGGCGAUUGCCAUGGCGCUCACAGGAGGUAUUGGGUUCAUCCAUCACAAUUGCACACCAGAGUUCCAGGCCAACGAAGUCCGCAAGGUCAAGCGCUAUGAGCAGGGCUUCAUCACAGACCCUGUGGUCAUGAGCCCCAGGGAGCGCGUGCGGGACGUCUUCCAGGCCAAGGCACGGCACGGCUUCUGCGGCAUCCCCAUCACCGACAGCGGCCACAUGGGCGGCCGCCUGGUGGGCAUCAUCUCCUCCCGCGACAUCGACUUCCUCAAGGAGGAGGAGCACGACCUGCCACUCAGCGAGGUGAUGACUAAGCUGGAGGAUCUGGUGGUGGCCCCCGCCGGGGUGACUUUGAAAGAGGCCAAUGAGAUCCUGCAACGCAGCAAAAAGGGGAAGCUGCCCAUUGUGAACGAGGAGGGCUGCUUGGUGGCCAUCAUCGCCCGCACAGACCUGAAGAAGAACCGGGACUUCCCUCUCGCCUCCAAGGACUCCCGCAAGCAGCUGCUGUGCGGGGCGGCCAUCGGGACGCACGCCGAUGACCGCUACCGCCUCGACCUGCUGGUGCAGAGCGGUGUCGACGUCGUGGUCCUGGACUCUUCUCAGGGGAACUCCAUCUUCCAGAUCAACAUGAUCAAGUACAUCAAAGAGAAAUACCCACAGCUACAGGUUAUUGGAGGCAACGUGGUCACAGCGGCUCAGGCAAAAAACCUCAUAGAUGCUGGAGUGGAUGCGCUCCGUGUUGGAAUGGGCAGCGGUUCCAUCUGCAUCACACAGGAAGCACCCCCUUCUGUUCCUCCUGAUAUAAAGCUCCACAGCCCCAAAACCCCAUCCACUGUUACAGGAUACUGCAUGCUGGCGUGUGGGCGUCCACAGGCCACAGCAGUGUACAAGGUGUCGGAGUACGCCCGGCGAUUCGGCGUCCCGGUCAUCGCCGACGGGGGCAUCCAGACUGUCGGCCACGUCGCCAAGGCGCUGGCACUUGGAGCCUCCACAGUGAUGAUGGGCUCUCUCCUGGCUGCCACCUCUGAAGCACCAGGCGAGUACUUCUUCUCAGACGGGAUCCGAUUGAAGAAGUACCGAGGAAUGGGCUCACUGGAUGCCAUGGACAAGAACCUGGGCUCCCAGACCCGCUACUUCAGUGAGUGUGAUAAAAUCAAGGUGGCGCAGGGCGUGUCCGGAGCCGUGCAGGACAAAGGCUCCAUUCACAAGUUUGUCCCUUACCUGCUGGCUGGAAUUCAGCACUCCUGCCAGGACAUCGGAGCCAAGAGCCUCACCCAGCUCAGGGCCAUGAUGUACUCUGGAGAUCUAAAGUUUGAGAAAAGGACAACAUCAGCCCAGAUAGAGGGAGGAGUACAUGGCCUGCACAGCUACGAGAAGCGCCUGUUCUGAGAAUGGGGAAGGUGGACACUUUUACCCUGGCACCAACUGCAACGCUCUCCUCCAUACACACUACGUCACCCUCCCCUUCCAAAACACACAUGCACAUACACACACACGUGCACAAACACACACAUGCACACAUACACACAUACUACGUCACCCUCCUCCGCCAACACAAGUACAUGCACACACUGUACGUCACCCUCCCCCGCCAACACACACACACAGAGACCACAUCCGCCCAAGCCACAUCUGAUGUCCGUUACUCUCCCGUCAGGGAGAGCUCUCCCCUGAGGGCUAGUAAUUGUGUCCUGUCUCUCUGUCUGUCUGUCUGCCUGUCUGUUUGGGGUGAGGGG